UCCUCAUUUGCGACUUUGCAAGGUGCUAGCUAGCGGAGUGGUAACUCGAUCAAUCGGUAUGGCCUCCAAGCCAGGCCCUCUCACCCGGUGGCCAUGGCACGACCUCGGAAACUACAAGUACGCGCUGGUGGCCCCGUGGGCGGCGUACAGCACGUACAGCUUCGUGGCGGCGAGCCGGCGAGGCGCGCAAGGCGACCUGCUGAGCUUCUUGGUGCUCCCGGCGCUGCUCCUCCGCCUGCUCUACACCCAGCUCUGGAUCUCCGUCUCCCGCCACCAGACCGCCCGCUCCAAGCACCGCAUCGUCAACAAGAGCCUCGACUUCGACCAGGUCGACCGGGAACGAAACUGGGACGACCAGAUCAUCCUGACGGCGCUGCUGUUCUACGUGGUGAACGCCACGGUCCCCAUGACGCAGGGCCUCCCGUGGUGGAACUCCAAGGGCCUGCUGGUGACGGCUCUCCUGCACGUCGGCCCCGUGGAGUUCCUCUACUACUGGUUCCACCGCGCGCUGCACCACCAUUUCCUCUACUCCCGCUACCACUCGCACCACCACGCCUCCAUCGUCACCGAGCCCGUCACCUCCGUCAUCCACCCCUUCGCCGAGGAAGCCGUCUACUUCACCCUCUUCGCCAUCCCUCUCCUCUCCACCAUGGCCACCGGCACCGCCUCCGUCGCCAUGGCCAAUGGCUACCUUGUCUACAUCGAUUUCAUGAACUAUCUUGGUCACUGCAACUUCGAGCUCGUCCCCAAGUUGCUCUUCGACCUGUUCCCGCCUCUCAAGCUCCUCAUGUACACCCCAUCGUUCCAUUCGCUGCACCACACGCAGUUCAGGACCAACUACUCGCUCUUCAUGCCGCUGUACGACUACGUGUACGGGACCAUGGACAAGUCGAGCGACGACCUGUACGAGAGGACGCUGCACGGGAGGGAGGAGGACAGGCCGGACGUCGUGCACCUGACGCACCUGGCCGCGCCGGAGUCCGUGCUCCAGCUCCGCCUCGGCUUCGCGUCCCUCGCCGCGGCGCCGCUCGCGUUCUCGUCUUCGUUGCCGGGCGCGCUCUGGACGCGCCCGCUCGUGGCGCUGGCAUCUGCGCUCGGGAGAGGCCAAGCGUUCAGGUCCGAGGCCAACAGGAUGGGCAAGCUCAACGCCGAGACCUGGGUCGUCCCCAGAUACUCGUCCCAGUAUACGACAGAUGUCUACGGGGUCAGCCGGCUGAUCGAGAAGGCGGUGUCAGACGCGGAGGCGAGCGGCGCCGCGGUGCUGACGCUGGGCCUCCUGAAUCAGGGAUACGAGCUGAACAGGAACGGGGAGCUGUACGUGAUCAGGAACCCCGGCCUGAAGACGAAGAUCGUCGACGGGACCAGCCUUGCCGUCGCCGCCGUGCUCCACAUGAUCCCUCAGGGCGCGAAAGACGUGCUCCUGCUUGGGAAGCCAAACAAGGUCGUCUCCGUGCUGGCUCUGACCCUGUGCGAACGAGAAUUCCAGGUUGGAGUGGUGGACGAGGAGCUGCACGAUGCUCUGAGGAGCCAGCUGCGGCCGGAGAUGCAGAGGCGAUUGGUCCUGCAGCCUCGCAACUACGGCAGCAAGGUGUGGCUGGUGGGCGAUGGGCUGACGGGCCGUGACCAGGAGAGAGCCCAGCCCGGCGUCCACUUCGUGCCGUACUCCCAGUUCCCUCCCAGCCGCAGCGCCCGGCAAGGGGAUUGCGUGUGCCACUCCACCCCGGCGCUCGUCGUCCCGGACUCGUACGAGAACCUCCACGCCUGCGAGAACUGGCUGCCGAGGCGGGUGAUGAGCGCGUGGCGUGCGGCGGGGAUCGUGCACGCGCUGGAGAAGUGGGACGGCCACGAGUGCGGCGACGCGGUCACCGGCGUCGACAAGGCGUGGCGCGCCGCCCUCGCGCACGGGUUCAAGCCGUAUGACGCCGCUGCCAUCGCCAGACAAGGCUGACUCGACGGCGCCAACUGGAUUUAUCAAUGAAAACCGCAGUGAUCGAUCGGCUCUCUGAUACAGUAGCACGCUCUGCCGCUAGGCGCUAAGCCGCUAAGUACUGCUCUUCUCCUAUUCUUCUCCGUGUCAGUACGACUUACAAGUCGAGCCAAAACGUCUGGGUUGGGUUGUGUGGUAAGUAUAUACGAGUGUACUUAAUUGGGUAUCUGUCAACCUCAUGAACUAAAUAAAUCGAUGAUUGAUAGAUUGUGUGA